AUGGUUGCCACCAUGAGCGCUAUCCUCACCAAAAUCGAGAAAGCCCCAGGCCACACAGCUGUCAUGCAAGCCCUCACAACCAUCCAGAACGACCUGAAAACAACAGCAACAACGGUUCAGACAACGGCUGCGACAGUUCAGCAGACCGCCAUAUCAUCACAGCAAGUCGUCAAAAUAAGCCAGGACACGAAUGCAAUCACCAAAGAAGUCGCAAUGGCCGGCAAGCUGACAUCGACGCUGCUGAAGGAAACGAACGACAUUGCGAAAGCCAUACACUCUUCCCCAACUCCCAGAAGUUCAUAUGCCUCAGUACUUAGCAGCAAUGUCUCGCAAAUUAGCAAACCAAUCACAAUCUCUACACAAACACCAUCUCUAAUCCAAGCACAGCGUGAGAUCAUCGUGAAAAUCACUGACUCCACAACCAUUGAGAACCUAAGAGCGAAGAACCCACGCACCCUGCAGGGCCACGUAGACCGCGCGAUUGAACAGAGCAAGAACAAACACAUUGAGAACAUCUACAUCGUAUCGGCAAACUAA